CCAUCAUUACUCUCUCAUUCUCUGGUCUCACACAGCACUGGCAACAUGAAGCUGCAGGUCGUCGUGCCGCUGCUCGCUCUGCUCACUCACACUUUGGCUGCUGAAGAGUCCUGUAUGGGUCGCUGUGAAAAUGGCUUUGACUCUCAGAGGAAGUGCCAGUGUGACUCCAUGUGCAAGUAUUACAAGAGCUGCUGCUCUGACUUUGACGUCACCUGUGGGAUGAUGACUCGUGGAGACACAUUUUCCUUUGCAGAGGAUGAUGAUGAUGAGGCGAUUGAAGGCACCACACCCUCUUCCAGACAUUCGGCACAGUCUUCUACUACGGUCAGUAGUCAGAUGACACCCACACAAGAGCCCGCCUCAGACUUCAGACCACUGCAGCCUCCAGAAACCUCAGUAGAAAUGAGCAAACCGCCACGACGCACGGACACCAUCUUUCAGAGAGUCCCCGUUACACAGAGGACACCCACUUCACCCACUGUCCUACCUACAAAGAAGGUCCUCUUCACAACCCUCGUCCCUGAGACUGACACAGCAGCUGAGACGACCACUGUCCCGGUCACCACAGGCCCCACUGAAGCCCCUGACCCAGACGCUGAAGUCUGCAGUGGGAAUCCGUUUGAUUCUUUCAUGCAGCUGAAAAAUGGCUCUAUAUUUGCCUUCAGAGGGAAGUAUUUUUUUGAACUGGACAACAAGUCAGUUGCGCCUGGUUAUCCAAAGCUCAUUAAGGACGUGUGGGGCAUCGACGGGCCAAUCGACGCUGCUUUCACUCGAGUCAACUGUCAAGGAAAGACCUACAUCUUCAAGGGAAACAAGUACUGGAGGUUUGAUAAUGGCGUCCUGGAAGAUGAUUAUCCAAGAGCUAUCAACGUGGGCUUUGACAAAAUCCCUGAUCACGUGGAUGCAGCUUUUGCCCUCCCUGCCUCUGGUCACCACGGAAAAGAGAGAGUUUAUUUUUUCAAAGAUGAUCAGUAUUACAUGUAUGAGUUUCUGCACCAGCCGUCACACGGGGAGUGUAUCACCAUGUCUGAAAGUUUCCCCUCCACGCAGUUCAGGCGCUACACUGACUUGUACUACAACAACUAUGAAAGUUUCUUCAGCGAGCUCUUCUCUGACUUGCCUCAGCAUCAUGACCAACACCACUUCAUCAACAAAGACUGGAAGGGCCUCAAGUCCCCGGUGGAUGCUGCCAUGGCAGGCAGGAUCUAUGUGACUCCCCGGAGGACGGCGCCACGCCGCAACGACUACAACCGUGACCAGUGGUGGAGCCAGCAGUAUGGACAGCAGUAUGGACAGCAGUAUGGACAGCAGUGGGGUCGCAGGAGGCAAAGCCGUUCACCCUUCUGGGGCUCCACGGCUGAGCAGGGGAAGAACAUGGGUCAGGAGAUGGCGGAAAGGGGGAUGGAGCUGGGACAGAGGUUGGCAGAGAGGAGAAUGGAAAUGGAGGAGAGGCUUGGGCGAGACUGGGACAGAAGGUGGGACCAGGACUGGGACCAAGACAGACGGAGAGACAGAUACAACCAGAACAACAGGGGCAACUAUGACUCCAGACUCCGACUCCAGUCUCAAUGGGACAGACAGAGGAAUCUGCCCAUCCAGAGCGUCUUCUUCUUUAAAGGAGAUAAAUACUACAGAGUGGACCUGAGUACCAAGAGAGUGGACCCUGCCGUGCCUCCAUAUCCCAGAUCCAUCGCUAACUUCUGGCUCGGCUGCUCAGACACCAAGGGAGCAGAGAAGUGAUAUUGUGGUACAUUUUCACUCAGUGCUUGUCAGACAUGUUCAGUGUAACAAUAAACUUUAGUGAAUAUCGAUUAGUGAGAUCCAUGCGCUGCUUGUUGUGGUCAAAGUUCAACAGGUUGAGCUUCUGAACUCUGACCUCCUUUUAUCAAACACGACUGAUAGUGUAAAACUGUAAAACGUUGUUUAUUUGAAACACUCAUCAUAUUUUAUACAUUCACAGUUUGUCAUUUAAGUGUGUUAAAUUCAUCCAUUAAAAAAAAGAAGAUGACUGUGUUUACAUUUUUUUCUCUUCAUUAUUAUUUGUGAACAUAUAUACAGUGAUGUGAAAAUAUAAAACACUCUAGGUACAACACAAGAGGUCAUAAAAAUCUUAAUUUGCGUGUGUGUUUUUAACCAGCAGCAGCAUGAUAUGAGGUCAGAGGUCACUGACAGUUUGGUUUAUGCUCCUGGUUGUAGAUGUGAAAACACUUUCAGAAUCCCAGUUUUCUUACAAAAAACUGUAAUGAAUACUUAGAAAACAACCCAGGUGGAUGGUUUGGCCCUUUUACAGGACAUUAUGUGCAAGGACUUAUUUUUGUUUGCAUGUUCAUGGCUUGUUUUUGUUCGUAAUAACUUGUGUUCAUGGUAAAUAUGAAGUCAGGACAUCAGAGAGUCUCAUUCUGUAAACACUGUGCUGCAUUCCUGCUUCUAUGGUUGUCCCCUUUCUGACUCAAUAAGCAAACAGAAACACAAAUAUUACAGUACUUGUUCUCAUAUAAUGUAUAAACACUUGCAUUACUGCAGCAAAUAAAAUCCAUUUUCAGUCA